AUGCCGAGUAAUGGGGAUAACGACCAAGUCCCUCCUUGGCGGAAUCCAAAUCUAAGCUUUUUUGCUUGGCUGAGAGUACUGUUCUCUUCUAUACACAUUACAUGUCUUAUUUGUGGGGGUAGUGGAGAGGAAGAGGACAAGGAUAAGAGAUAUAAGAAAGGUAAAGCAAAGAAAGAGAAGAAGACGAAAGAAAAAGCAGAAGCGUCGCACGCUGAAAGUGACAAACCGUCUGGUGAUAAACACGUUAAGGCAAGGAGUCGAGCACUUGGGCGGUUAAAGCUGAGAAAAGGGAAAGCUAAUGCCGGAGCUAGCGAAAAUGAAGACAAGAUUUCCACAUCUUCAAAGAAGAACGAGAAGAAAUCGAAGCAGACUAAGAGCGAAGAAUCGUCAAAGAUCGAUGAGGAUGCCCCUGCUCCAAGUGACGACACUACUUCCUUAGUGACCAAGAAAACAAAGAAAUCUAAGCGCCGAUUGAAAAUCAAGUUGCAAUCACCCUUGAAAAAGUCAACGGCCAAAAAUGAUAAAGCAGCUGUUGAAGAUGAACAAAGCAUUGAGCUUGAUAAAAGAAAUGAUGACGUGGCUCCCAAGAAAACAAAGAAGUUCAAGAAGUGGAAAACUACUUCUAAGAAAGCAAAAGCACCAAAGACCGAUGUCUCAGCUGAGGCGGCCGACCAGGAAAAUGAGCAGAACCUUGAAGUUAAAGCAGGUGAUGAUUCGGCCCACCUCCCAAAGAAAGCAAAGAAGCUCAAACAGUUGAAAACUGCUGCAAAGAAAACAGAAGCUUCAAAGACUGGAAGACCGCUGGAAGAUCACGUGGAUGAGCAGGAGGGGGAUGUUGCAGAUGCAAAACCGAAGAAAAGGAAAAAGAAAGCCAAGACAUGGAGAAAAAUGUUCAAAAGAACUAAAGAGACCAAUCGCAACAAGACUAAGAAAGCCAAGAAGGAGAAGAAAGAACAGGAAGGCGAGGGUGCAUCAGAUAAUGGCUCAGAAACCUCACCGGAUACGAAGCAAAAAAUGACCAAAAUGUCUAAGAAAAUGAAGAAGGCAUCGAAAAGGGCAUCCAGAAAGGCAGCUAAGAAAGAUUCUAAGAAAACAAAGAAGUCGCAAGAUAAGAAGAGGAAGAUUGCUUCAGAACUGGACAAUGGAGGUAAUGCAUAG